AUGGAGGAUUUAGAUCCAGAAUAUAGUUUAGACGACGUGGAGGACGAUCUAGAAGAUGAUCUUUAUGAAUACGCCUUUUUGACCAACAACAAACGAAAUCCAAAUUCUGUAAGUAUGAGCGGAUGUUAGGAUUUUGGGCGAAAAAAAUAUGUUAAAUUUCACUCGGAUACAAUCGGAAAGGGUUCACUUUAUCCUGUCUUGUUGUUUUACUGAUUUCUCAGGAACACAAUACAGGGAUGUAAUAAAACAUCAGGUCACUGGCUAUCUUCCAUUCGCUAAUUUUGGUGCAGUUUCAAAUGUUUACAAAUUUCAAGUUAAAUAACCGCUUGAUUUCGCUAACAAUGGCGAAUUGUGAAGUACAAAAAAUCUCAGAAUGAAAUAUAUAAAUGCAAAACAUUAAGGAAUUGCCCCAUGAAAUGCUAUUUCCUGGACUGGGAGAUGUAAAAUUUAACCACAUAUAUAAACAAAUUCUUUUCACUCGAUACAAAUCGUCCUCAAUGGCCGGACACUUUAAACGUAAUGAGCCUGUAGUUAGGUUAUAGUAUACAACGGCAUUGGGCUGUCCCCCCAGGGUGAGAAUGGCAUAGUUCCGUAAUAGAUGUAAAAAAAGGGGGUAAUAUAGCAAUCUUACGCCAUGUAGUGAAUUCGUGUUAUUGAUUACUUGCAUUCAAUUUCGAUGAGAGAGUCUUUCGCAAUAACGAUAAUCAAGAGAAGGAUGAUUUCAUCCAUGCAACCAAUUUAUGAAGGGCCUUUCAACUAAAAUUUAAACUUAAUUCAAAUCCUUAACCUUCGAACUAACAGAAUACAGAAUGUGCCAUUUAUAAACUCCAAGGCGUCCAUUAAAAUCCACAGUAACAUUUAUAAUGAAGAAAGAUUUUUUUCAAAUUGUUUAGUUUACUUCCUUUCCUUAAAUAGCAGCGGGGUAUUCGCAAACGAAGUGUUUACGGAAGAAGUUAGGUUUCUGAUGCCGUCUAAAGAAAUAAUCCAAGAUUAUACUGAUAUCACGUUAUUAUGCACUGUCAUGCGGUAGUCUAAUAGACCAGAAAGGUGCAAAACUGGAUACAGAUACAGGUACAGGCUGUGUACAUGUGCACACCUGCAAAUUUUAAGUUUGUUUUCACUUUUUGUACUUCUUUGAUAGCUUUGCUCAGAUCUAGCUUAUUCAUGAAACUCCUGCUACCCAGGUACAACAAACGAAUAUGAUACGAUAGCCAGAUAUAGGUUGGUUUUAAAUAUUCUCUUUUCUUUACUGACAGAAUCCAGGAGCCCAUUACCCGGAGCCGCCAUACCAAUUGUACUCUUGAGUCAACCCUGUUCCGUAUCUUUUUAUUAUUAGAACUGAGAUAUGUGAAGGGGGAGGGGGGAUUUUCUUUAAUUUCCUGCGAAAACACGCCGACGUUCGCAUAAUAGCCCAAAAAAAUGGUAAACUUUCCGCACUUUUCACCGUUAUAUUUUCACCGCUCCGAACAAUUUUUUUUUCUUAGGGUUUACAGCUACACUGAAUUUCGAGCUUAAAUAAAGUAUAUGUAUGUAUGUAUUGAAAUACUUUCGUGCGGCCUGCAUGUGACGUAAACAAUAGAGGACAAUAGCUAUCUUAUGAUUGACUAUUAUGUAAAGAUCCGCAAAGAAUCCCGUGGGAGGUGCCUCUAAAGUUAAAAAGAUACGGUACAGGGUUGACCCAGAGGGUAAGUAUGGAAGAUGGAAGCUCCGGACAAUAGGCUCCUGCUGAAUCCCAUGUUUGCUGUUUUGUUUGUUGUUUUAUUUUUUUAUUUUUUCUCUUAGAGAGCCGAUAAAAGUUUCAAGAAUGCUGCUGGAUAUUAUCUGAUUGAAAACUCGAACGGAAAUGUAAUAGGAACAAAGGACUUGUCCAAGUGUAUGACGAGGGGUGAGUGGUUUUAACUGCUCGCGCUUAUAUCAAUAAGACAUACAGAAACACGCGGAGAUAGUUAUGGCACUGAGUUAGUUAAGAAAUGUUUUAUUUCUGUCAUUAUACCAGAAAAUGGUAGGAAAUUAAGCUGUUGACGCGCAAUUUUGUCUCUAGGCCGCUCGUAGGUGAAUAGUACUUGAUAAUUACUUCCAUACCAGCCAAUCAGCGUGCGCGAAAAGUGCUAUUCACCUGUGUUAUUUAUGCUUGUCACAAUAAGUAUAUACCGCACAGCUGUCAAACAGGUGAACAGCGCUUUUUUGCGUGCGUUUAUUGGCUAGCUCGGAAGUGAUUAUCUCCAAGCAACCGAUAGACUAAAAUCACCUGUCGAGAGUUUAACUUCCAAACAUUUGUUUCAGUUUGCUUGUUUUUUUAAUUGUUAUUUUCUCGGUUUAAACUAAAACAAUCUUUUACCUUAGUUACCUUGCCCUCGAUAAAUUUCCACCACUAGCCACCGCUACUUCGGUGAAUAGUCGUAAACCAUUGAUAAUUUUUAUUCGUGCCAAUUUGUUUUUGUAAAUUGUAAUUCAGUGGUUGUCCUACGAUAGGGAUUGUUAAUUUUCAUUUAUCGAUGAGGCAAUAAAUUAUUCAUCAAAAGUAACUGUUUCUGUCGGUUAAGUUUGUUUACAGUUACCCUUUACACCAUAACAUCAGAAUCCAUAUUCUGCGUACAACUCUAUACAUUUUCUUUGCGUAUUGCAAGGAGAAGUCGUUGAAAAAUCAAAAGCUCCCUAGGUCGGCGAUCAUUUCUGUUAUUCUCAUGAUCUUAAUGAGUUAUUCAGCCGUAUAACUGUAAGGAGAAAUUAGAUACUGGUAAUUUUUAGGGUUUAAAGUGACAGAAGAUGUAAAAGGAAUAGUCUUACCAAACGAUUUCUCAUAUUGAGUUUCACAUUAUUAAUAUGCUGUUUUCAUUAUUGGUCUUUCAAUGCAGGCAUAUUUGAAGUAGGAAGGACUCCAGGUGGCCUACCAUUUUACAGGAAUAAGGCAACUCAAAAGUACUUAGCCAUCGACCCAAACGGAACCGUUUAUAUGUCGGUAAGAAGGCAAUUAUUGGGUGGUAAUAUUCUGCGGGGCCAGGUUGUUCGAGAGGGUGUUAACGUUAAUCUAGGAUUAAACGUAACCUUGGCUUUAAUUUCUCACGCAGAAGAGUGCGUAUAAUGUUAAGAUUUUGACUCGAAACUAAUGGAAGAAAAAUACGAAAAAAAAAAUCCCUUUGCAGAGCUAUAAAACUAAAUGAAAUAUUUACACUAACCCCGCAUUGGGUAAACCGUGGUUUGGAACAAUCUGGCCCUGAGAAAUAACAAGUUUGAUGAAAAUACGAGCUACCAAGAUCCAAAGAUUCAAUUAAGGGUGGGAAAAGGCAUACGUUUCUAAAAAAACUCUGGUGCUGUGUCGGUGAGGGGGUGGGGGGGGGUAUCUUUAUCAGCUGAGUUGAUGAAGUAAAUUGGCCCAGUAAAGAGGUUCUAUCUGACGAAGGGCUAACGCUCGAAACGUCAGCUUUAGAACUGUUAACAGUGGUAAAUUUACAUAAGAAACUCACUCUAUAAAACCAAACCUAAAAUCAGUCUCGUACAAAAAAAUUGGACACGAAUUUGGAAAUAUAAGUUGAACAUUUUCAAUUGCAGGAACUGCAAUUUUUUUCAAGAGAACUCACUAAAAUGUCCAGUCUAUUUAUGGCUAACGCUAAAGAAACCCCAAGAAACAAAAGCAGGCACUAAAAAUAAAGGUCACCAGGGUGUGUCGGUCAUAUAAAAGGAAAAAGGAAAAAAAUUUUUUACUAUCAUUGAAAAAAUAUAUAUAUCAAUACGCAUGCGUAGAAAGUUCUCGCAAGCGUGACAGAAUAACGCACCAAACAUCUGAACCAAUGCCCUUUGCUAGGCUCUGAUCAUAAAUUAAGCUUAGAGAGAAAACAAAGGAAAUUACAACCGUGAAGGAGAUUUGGAUAUGUGAUCUUAAUUAUCAUAAAAUCUGGUGAACUUUUACUUUGAUUUUCCCAAGAAUUAUUAAUGGUUUCUUAAACCGAAGGGUGUUUCAUCCGAUAUCCAAACACCUUGAAGUUGGUUAAAAAAAUGUUUUCUCAAACACUUUAUGUUUUUCAUGAAACACUCUUCCUCGUGUUUGAAAAGACUGUAUCAUAACAUGAAAAGACUGUAUCCAUAACUGACUAAAAAUUCCCACACUUUCAAACACUGCUACUUGUAAACUUUACAUAUGAACCGUGAGAUAUCACUUAAGUUGGAAAAAAAACCCUCUCGAGAGCCAUACACUUCAUAGACCUUAUCGAGGAAUACCCAACUCAACUCAACCCCCCCCCCCCCUUACUGCCUUCGUGCUAUCUUUUAGAUAUAAAAGGAAUCUGCUUUUAUUUUGCAGCCAACUCAAAACAGUGAUACUGUCAUCUACACUAUCAACGAUACCCGUGACUUGAGCAUAAUAUACUUAUACCGCCUUGUUGGUCAAAACAAGCGAUUAUAUCUGGACCUCUCGCCUCAGAGUAACACGGUCGGACCAGCGAACACCAGUAAUACAACUAAAUUUCGCUCUAGAAAUGGCGUAAAAACCUGUUAACAAGUAGUGGACCUAGACAAUUUUAAGAACUUUUAGAUUUUAGGAUGAAUAUUAAAGACCACGCGUAUUGGAUAUCACAGUAAGUUAUUUUGCAAAAUUAAAGGAACUUUUAAAGUCUUAUUAAGCUUCAUCAGCUUUAUUCCUUUGGCGCAUAACAGUGAAUAUUGAUGUAUCAUGCUUUGAGUUACACAUUUGAUCUAAAAAAGUCACAGAUUUCUGUUUUUUUUCUGACCUUUCCCACUUCUUAAUUCUUAAAUUCGCUGGAGUGAACAUCUAACCUUCCGCUUAUAACAGACGUAAGAGUAUCAGUUAGGAUGUUACAUCUUAACAAACAGCCAGAUUUUCUUCGUUUUUUUUUUUUACUGAAGGGAAUGUAAACCAGCGAGAAGGGAAAAUUUAAAAUGAUCGUAAGACUCACUUGUUCCUUUGCAACAACCUAUCGAACGCUAGCUCACGAUUCCCAUUAAAAAUGAAAUCUUAAAAGAAAGCCAUUUUCUCUACCAAAUUGCAACCCUAAAAAUAGGAGAUUUCUUAUAACUUUUAUCUUAAUGUAAAAGCUAACCCCCUUAUCUCUAAUCGCAAAGUGUAAAAACUAUUUAGGAUCGUUUAGCCAAAUUGUUUUCGUCUCUUUACAAAUCUUGAAUAAACAGUGGAGACAGUUGAAGAGGGACUCCCGUUUUAGGACGCUGGCUCGCGUCCACGCAUUGUUUCAAUACCCGAGAAUCUCAUAUGCGU